CGGAUGGAUCACGGCCCAUAUAUUCUUACGUCGUGUACGUUGGCCAACGGAGUCACGACUCUUUUGUUCCAGAGCACGCCAACAUAUCUCAAUCCAGGUAGAUAUUGGGAGGCUGUCUAGCGUCCAAAAAUUAAUCAAUCCUUCCGCCAUUCGAUUGUUAUUGAAAUUCGGCGACCGACAUGAAAACAAAACAAAUAUCGAUAUAAAUUAUUGAUUCAAAUUGAUUUUCGGUUUGCGUUAUUGAUUUCAUUUUUAUUUUUCGUUUCAUAUAUAGAACUCCCAAACUAAAACUUAUUUGAAAUCCUUCGGCCUUUGCACAGUAUAAGAUUCGCCUUUGAUUUUAAUUUCUAAUUUCCCGCUCUUGAUGCGCUCUAGACUUGAACGAAAGUUUUGCGUAGACAUGUAUAGAACUUUCAAAUAGAUUGGUCACAUUAGCUGAUAAUACUUGAACAUAAUAAAGUAAUACAGUAUAUAUAUAUCCUUUUAGACUUUACCAGAAAUGAUUUCUAAAUGAGUGCCGUUUCGCUUCGGAUAAUUUUGAAAUUGCCAAAGUACCGACCCCUUUAAAUAAUGCAUAAGACACAUUGUCCGUACAGUAAAUUCUGUUUUACAUUUCCACUAUAGCAACUGGAUUAUAUCUAUAAUUAAUACUGAGUGGUUCUCGAAUUGUUUAAUUGUUCAUCCACAGUGGAACGAACAGCUCAGCUCGUCGAAUGGAAUCUCGAAACAUUGAGCGGAUAAAACAGCUGGAUAACGUCACCCAAUAUCCCGCAAUCAGUACUAUAUAAAUCUAUUGUUUCCACUGAGAAGCGGUCCAGUUAGAUGCGAGAUACUACCUUGCCAAGAGUAUAUCCAGCAAUUGAACUCUGCAAUGUUUUCCAUCAAAAGACUGUUGGAAUACCCGUCGCUUUGUUACGUAAUCUUUUUUGGCGUGUUAUUUUAUCUGAUUAUUCCGGUGAGUCUGGAAGAAGAGCACCAAGCGCAUUCUAAUCACACUCUCUUCAAGCACAUUUUAAUAUCCUCUACAAGGAGACCGUUGCUAACUAAUCCCGAACUUUCGAUCGUCAGCGCCGGAAUAAUGGAGAAAAUUGUCCUCGAUAUUUUGUCGAAUCACAUGCGCUUUACAUAUGAGAUUAUUCCUCCGUCGGACAUUUUGUCAUCCGGUUUCCUACAACGGAACGGUUCGUGGACCGGUACAACCGGGCAGCUCCAACGCCGGGAAGUUGAUAUGUGCGUGACUUGGGGUGCACCAUCGAUAGCCAAAGCUUCGGUUAUGGACGUGUCUUACCCAGUGGUCUAUGUUGAUUCUUCAAUAAUGAUUCCAUUUCCUAGGCAGAAAAGUAAAAUUUGGGUUCAAGAAACAACUUUCGAGGGCCUCCCAGUGGACCCAGUAAAGUAG